UCCACGAACGCGCGGCCAUUUCCCGCUCAAUUUCAAAUCUCGAUCGAAUCGAACAUAGACACGAUAAAAUUUUGUGUUCUUUUUAAAUUCGAACUAUUUUAUCCCUGUUCUUUUUUUAAACGAUUAUUUUGAAGUGAAUAGUGUUGUGCAGUGUUUUUUGUUUUUCGAUAAAAUUGUUUUAUUUUUGACGAUAAUGUUUUCGGAUUUAUUUUUCUGCAUCAUUGGCUAGAUUAGCCGCACUGAAUAUUUUUUGACCGCGUCGGAGCAGCGAGCGCCCGCCCCCGAGGAGAUGCAGGCACGACACAGCCUCUGGUGGCACCUACUUAUUGAUCUACCUAUAUUGUUAUUAGUGGCAGCAGUAUGUAUCCUGCUGGAAGUGGGAGCGCUGCCGAGCAGACGAGCUGGCUUCACCUGCAACGACCCAGCUCUGUCAUAUCCUCAUACGGGAGACACCUUCUCCAUAUCACUGGUGGCUGCCAUCACAGUCAUCGUACCUUAUUUAGUUCUCUGGGCAGUCGAAACAACUCUUCAACGCGAAGACGAGUAUAACUUGAAGAAGAGCAAGUUCCUCACCAGUGCGAAGACAGCUGCGUUCCUCUACAGGGACUAUAUCUAUGGAUCUGUGGUCAAUCUGACCAUAUUGGAGGUCGUCAAGUGUGUGGUCGGGUCUCCCAGACCCACGUUCUUCGAUCUCUGCCAGCCUGAUAAGGCUAGCACUUGCAAUGAUUCAGAGUUUGUGAGUGACUACCGCUGCACUUCAACGAAGUACUCCCGCUACCUACAGAUCGACAGCAGCCGCAGCUUCCCAUCUGCACACGCGUCGCUCUCGAUCUACUGCGGGCUGUUUUUAGCUUGGUACCUCCAAAGGCGAGCGUUCAGCUGGCACAACCGCUCUGUACUGCUUGUGCCUCUGCUGCAAGUCCUCUGCAUUGUGUACGCCGCUGUGUGCUCGCUGAGCCGGCUCAGCGACCAUCGGCAUCAUUGGUGGGACGUACUGGUCGGCGGAGCCAUGGGGGUGCUCAGUGUAUUGUACACGGUCCUGGUUCUUUGCAAGAACUUUUCCCAGCCAGCCGUGGUCAGCACGAGUGACAUCUCGAGCAGUGACGGCAACAACCACCAGUCCGUCCGCCGGCUGCUGUCCAGCGAGCCCCACGUAGUGGUCCCCUAGCCCGUGGCAGUGUAAGCGAGAGCUUACGUGGUGAUAAACUCUUUAGUGAAGUGAAUUACUAUAGCUGGGACGCCUAAGAAACUAUAGGCAGGCCUACAAAAUGUUUUGGGACGCCUAAGCUGUCAUUUAGGACGAUCAAGUAAUUUUUAAGAUGACUCAGUAAUUUUUGGGACGCUUAAGCAAUUAUUUGGGACGGUCUAGUAAUUUUUGGGACGCUCAAAUAAUUUUUGGGACACUCAAGUAAUUUCUGGGACGACUCAGUAAUGUAUGGGACGGCGAAGCGAUUAUUUAGGACGCAUAAGAAAUUAAGUAGUAGGUACCAAUGAAUGUGUGAACCUCAUUUUAGAUCUAGAUGUAGUCUAAUAUUGUUUGAGGUUAGAAUCUCAUUUGCGUUCAAAUUCUAGCAAUUUGUUUUGUAGAUAUUUUGUCGUGUGCUUGAGAAAAUGUUCGAAAUUUUAGCUCAGUGUCUGAUAUGAAUUAGUUAAGUUAAGUUUUCCGAAAGUAAAGAAAUUGAAUUGUGGUUUAACACAUUUUAAACGAUUAUAUUAGUCGAAAAUUGCGAGAAAUGGUUUUACGUUUUGGACUGGAGAUUAAACACAUAUGUUAAGAAUUGUUUGACAUAACAGAAAGUUAACUGGCUAGAACUGAAAAGAAAUUGGAAAUAUUUCAACUUUGUUAAAAAAACGUUGUAAAACGUUAUUGCAUCAACUUGCUUUGAAGUGAUUUUGUUUUAAAUUUUGUAGCUACUAGAAUAGUAGUUUUAUUACAAAGAAAUAAAAUUCAAAAUCGUUAGACUUCAAUUAAUGGUAGCAGUGUUUGUCAAUUAUUUUGUUUUAAACUAAAUGUAUGUCCAAUUAGCACAGAUUUAAAGAACUUUGUUGUAAUUACAGAAUUAAUUGGUGUGAUGUGUCAAUUUGUAAAUAAAUUUAGAUUUAAAUGAUAAAUUAGUAUUUUGUGCAGAUGAGUUCAGCAAAAUUGUAUGAAUUGUAAUUUCAACUGGUUUCUAUCGAUUUUUGACAGGAAAUUUUUAAUUGCCUCUUUGACCGAGUGGUCGUAACUCGUAAGUGCGAUUGCCGGGCAAGGGGUCUUGGGUUCGAUUCUCGGGUCGG